AUGGCAGAUAUUACGAAACCAAAUGCAGUGGGUGCUCAGUUUGAGUCGUUAAAAGUUGCAAUUGUUGGAGGUACUGGAGGUAUCGGCCGUUCUUUGAGUCGUCUCUUUGCUUCUGGAGGAGCGGACGUUAUCGAAGUGGGACAGACAUUUCGAGAUGCUGAUCAGAAAGGAAUUGAAUUUAUAAAGGCCGACCUGAGUUCAAUGAGUGAAGCUAAGCGGGUUGCUGACGAUUUGCCAGCUGAAAAUUUAGAUAUUGUCAUCUUUACAGUGGGUAUUUUUGCUAGCUAUCAUAAAGAAGAAACGUCGGAAGGUUUGGAGAAAGAUAUGGCGGCUAGUUACUUGAACAGACUUGUUAUGAUACGAAGAAUGGCGCCACGUCUUGGCAAAGAAAGAAGGAAAUCGAGUUUAAAGCCUCGUGUAUUCAUCUAUGGUUAUCCUGGAACCAAUAAAUUGGGAAAUUUGGACGACUUGAACUCUGAGAAGUCCUAUAAGGUAAUGACCGCGCAUAUGAAUACAGUGGCUGGAAAUGAGGCUCUUGUGCUUGACUCCGCGAGCAAAUAUCCGAACGCAGACUUUUUUGGAAUGAAUCCGGGCCUUAUAAAGACGAACAUUCGCAGCAAUCUCAUGGGAGCGGGGACCCUACAGUUCCGUCUAACAGAAUGGAUAAUUGGGUUUUUUUGCCAAAGUGUUGAUGAUUAUGCCAAAAAAAUUGUUCCAAUAAUGUCCUCUUCUGACCUCAAAGCAAGCAGCGGCACGAUGUUCAACAAUUACGGUAAGGAAAUUCCGUCUUCUCCUGGGUUAACCCAAGAAUACGUCUCAAAGUUCAUCACUCAGUCUGAGCAGUUGGUAGAGAAGUGGCUUCAACGUUGA